UGUCUCUCUUCUUUCUUUCCAGAUUCAUUAUGAAUUUCUUCUUGGAAACCAUCAAAGUACUCCUUUUGUCCAUCUGGUACAAUGUGGAGUCUUUCAUCUACUUCUUUGUGCCAAAGAAAAAGAAGAACAUUGCUGGUGAGGUGGUGCUCAUUACAGGAGCCGGUAGUGGAAUCGGCCGUCUCAUGGCUCAGGAAUUUGCAUCUUAUAGCACCGUGCUGGUGCUGUGGGAUAUCAACCAGGAAGGGAUGAAGGAAACUGCUAGACUGGCUAAAAGUAAUGGAGCCAGUCGAGUCCACUACUAUAUCUGUGACUGCAGUGACAAGAAUGAAGUUUACAGAGUGGCUGACCAGGUGAAGCGAGAGGUGGGUGAUGUCAGCAUUUUAGUGAACAACGCCGGCAUUGUGACAGGAAAGAAGUUCAUGGAUGCUCCUGACUCACUGAUUGAGAAGACCAUGGAUGUCAACAUCAUGGCUCACUUUUGGACCUACAAGGCCUUCCUUCCUGCUAUGAUUGCCAACAAUCAUGGGCACCUUGUCAGCAUUGCCAGCUCUGCUGGACUCAUAGGAGUCAAUGGAUUGGCAGACUACUGUGCCAGUAAAUUUGCUGCAGUAGGGUUUGCAGAGUCUGUGGGUCUUGAGCUGCUAGCAACUGGGAAAGAUGGUGUCAAAACUACGAUUGUAUGCCCGUACUUCAUCAACACCGGAAUGUUCGAUGGAUGUCAAACUAAGUGGCCAAAACUGCUACCAAUCCUGAAUCCUGAUUAUGUGGCAAAGAAGAUCAUCCAUGCUGUGCUCACAGACCAGGUCUACUUGCUUUUGCCUCGGAGCAUGUACCUCAUAGCUGGUCUGAAGAAUGUACUGAACAUGAAGCAGGCCAUUGUUCUGGGCCAGUACCUGGGAGCCUUCAACCUCAUGGACACGUUCAGGGGGCGCUCCAGGAAACAGGAGUGACGGAGAGGAGAAGCACUUAUGAAGAAUACCUAAGAUGGAAGGAUGGAUGCAUUAAAAUUGACAUCAACAACAAUUUAAUUGUUAACCCUCGAAUUAAGUGUUUCUUGGUGUAAUCUCAGUAUAACGACCCUUGUGUUUUAAAUCUCAGCUUCCCAAAUGAAUGAAUGUAUUUUUAAAUGUGUUUUUAAAUUGCAUUAUUAUUAUUAGUGAAUCAUUGUCAUUUUACAGUCUGUGAUAUAGUAUUAACAGGAAUACAAAGACCACUCAUGGUGAUCCUUUAUAUGUAGUUUUGUUAAUGCAUGCUAGUCCUCAUAACUCUGCAUCAAAUGUGACGUUGUUGUGAAUGUUUCCUGACAUUUCUGAAAUUGCCUUUGUGUAGAUUGUUUAACACUGACAGUUUCCAGCAUAAUUGUCAAUUAAAAAUGCUUAUAUGAUGUUGCUACCAAAUUUAGUGCAUUAAUAAAGAACAUCCAUUUACUAA